UGUAGAGCAACCCUUGUGGCGUGCGAUGCCAUGAGCCGUAAGCCGAGCAGCGAUAAGGCGCAUGCUUGCCAGUCGCACAGCAUCCUUCAAGAUAAGUGGAGAGCAAAACUUCUUCGAGCAGCACGAUCAGCGCAAAGUGCAUAGGGCUGCCGCGUGCUGGGUAUAUCAAUGUCUCAGCCUUCUCUAAACCUGUCUCCUUUCAUUACCUUAGCGUGACACCACACCACUAAUUAAGUAUCAGAUCUCUUUACAGCGGUACCGUACUUUAUCAUCAUGGACAAGCAUCUCGGCGCCCAAGAGCCUCCUGAGGAAGCAAUACAGCAGCGCCACGAAUCCGUGGCAAACACAGAUAAGACCUUCUGGCAGCGUAUCUGGCCCAUCGUUGGCUGCGGUGCCGGCCUCUUUUCGGAUGGCUACUUGAACGGGGUCAUCGGCUCCGUUAGCACCAUCCUUGCGAUCCUAUACCCUACGCAAUACGUCAACAGCCCUGCUCAGUCCAACGUGUCGUCCAUUACUUUCGUUGGCACGCUGAUCGGCGGCCUUAUCUUCGGUUUCACGUCCGAUCACUGGAGUCGCAAAGGGAGCUUGCUGGUCUCGACCAUCAUUGUGAUUGUUUUUGCCGCCUUGUCCACUGGCAGUUACGGUGCCAAUGGCAGCAUCUCCGGUCUCUUUGCUGCCUUGACUGCUUAUCGUUUCUUUCUUGGUAUUGGCAUUGGAGGCGAGUAUCCCGCCGGCUCUGUGGCGUGCGCGGAGAGUACAGCUGAACUGCGGUCUGGCACCCGGAAUCGCUGGUUCGUCUUGUUCACCAACGUCCAGAUCGACUUUGGCUUCGUUGUCGCGGCCAUAGUUCCCAUGAUCGUAGUUUUGAUAACGACGGAACAACAUCUCCACACGGCCUGGCGAGUGUGCUUGGGUCUCGGUGUUAUACCGCCGCUCUCGAUUCUCUACCUGCGAAUCAAGCUCUCCGAACCCGAAAGCUUCAAGCGUGGCACCAUGGCUAGAACGAAGACGCCGUGGCUUCUUUGCAUCAAGUUCUACUGGUUCAGGCUCAUGGCUAUAUCGCUAAUCUGGCUCCUCUACGACUUUUCUUCGUACUCAUUCGGUCUACUCAGUUCCCAGCUUCUGACUAACCUCCUUGGGACCGAUUCGCGGCUGUGGGUCAGCUUUGGCUGGAACAUCCUGCUGAACUUCUUCUACAUGCCUGGCUGCAUCGCUGGCAGCUGGCUAAGUGACUGGGUCGGCCCUCGGAAUGCGCUGGGAUACAGCGUCCUCGCGCAAGCCGUGGUCGGCUUCAUCAUGGCCGGAUGCUACGGAUACCUUGCCAAGGCGAAGUAUGUUGGAGGCUUUGUCGUCAUAUACGGACUUUUCAUAGCUCUCGGAGAGCUUGGACCUGGCGACAAUAUCGGUCUGCUCGCCUCAAAAACCUCCGCAACCGCCGUCCGUGGCAAGUAUUACGGGAUCGCGGCAGCCUUUGGCAAGAUUGGUGCGUUCGUGGGCUCAAAGACGCUCAUUCUACUAUACAACAAGUACUACUAUGCCGGCGAAGUUGUUAAGGCCGGCCAAUACCCCUUCCUGAUUAGCUCUGCGUUCUGCGUUGUCAUGGCUGGUCUGGUAUUCUUCUGCCUGCCACAUGUCGGACAAGAUACAAUCGAAGAGGAAGACGCCAAGUUCAAGAUUUACUUGGAGAGCCAUGGUUAUGAUACAACUCAAUUGGGACUCCAGCCGAGCGAGAGCACUGAGCAGAUCUUACAAAGGGGCAAGGAGGAUGUAGCUCCUUAAGAAUCGUUCAUAGAAGGCAUUCAGGAGCGGAUAUGCUACCCUACCGAGACUGAAGUACCACUGAAUCGCCAGUUGCCCCUCGACUGCAACUCAAA